AUGACUGGUAUCUCCACUCGAGACAUCGUUGAUAGAAUUGAUAGACUCUCUUCAUUGAUUGAAAACACGAACAUAAAUUCUGCUAGUCACAAAGAUGACGAGAAAAACGAUGUCAAGGAUGCUCAGACACAAGAGGAAGAAGCCGAACCUUCCAGAGUUUUUGGGAAAGGUUGCGUCCUGAAUGAUGAUCAAGACGACGCUCAACGUAUUAUCAAGACGAUCAUAGAAAGCGAUGAAACGUUUGUGCCCAAGGAUGAGGAUAAGAAGGAUGCUGACGGUUCUGAUAAGAAACCGUGUUUGAUAAGAAUGUUCAAGGGCGAAGAGCUUGACGAGAAUUUUGUGUAUACCGACCACGAUAUGGUUAGCAUUAUUUCGCGAAUAGUCAAUGAGAACAUUGACUGUUUUGAAAUCGAAGAGGUUCAGACCGCAACUUAUGAGCGCCUCAAAUUCUUCAAUGAGGACAGCAAAGCUGAGGCUAAAUCGCCUGGCUGGGAGGAGAUCGUACACAAGACCCCGAUCCAAGAGUUAUUCUCGAUGAUCGAGUUUCUUCGCGAGCAAGCCCGAGACACUUCCGAACUAGAAGACCUUCCAAAAGAGUCACCCUCCUUGGACAAGAAUCUUCUCCCAGAAGAGCCCAGCCAGCUCACCAAGACCGAGCAAGCCGAUAGCUCAUUCUUGGAUAAAGAGAAGAGCUCUGGCUCCUUGGAAGCAACUGCUGAUUUGCCGUCCGAUAACUUGGCUCAAAAGUCUGGUGAUCCCCAACUGAUUGAAUACUCCAUCGAAAUAAAGGACGAAGGGGUGGCAUCGUACGCGGGAAAACGUCCCCCUGGAACCAUAGCUCCGAUGGAAGGUGGAGGGCUCAAUGGUUUAAUUGAAGUACUGCAGAGGUUCUCCGACGGGCCAGAUUCGACCGAGCCGAAGAAGCUCCCGCCUUCGCGUCCGAAAGUGGCCCCAUUGGACCUUAGCGCGGAGGUGAAAAAGAAGCCAAAGACGGUCGAAACGCCGACGUCUGCGCUUCCCUUACCGUUGAGCUCGAGGCUCAACGCGGCGCUCCUGAGCCCCCAGAGUUAUGCCAAGUUUCGUGACGCCGCUCUCCCGCUCGAGGAGCUCUACCGUCGGAACGGCAAAGAUCGCGAGAAACUCGAGAGAUUCCUGGCCGCUCACGCCAAGGUGUAAGCCCUGCUC